UCAAGAGGAAGGAGCUGCGCAGCGGGUCUGUGGGCUGAAGAUGGCGGACAGAGAGAACGCUCUCGGAACGGCCUGUUCUGGCGCCUCUGAAAUGGAGGAACCUGUCGCGAAAAGGUCCAAAUUAACCCCGGUGACUAUUCACGGACCCAAAUCUACCGAAACGGACAAGCACGCGUGCGUUUCCGCAGCCAUUGGGAGCCGGGAGGCGGCGGAGCAUUGUGCGCCGCCAACGGAGAAGAAGGAAGCGAAGCCGGUGGUGAUGGCGGUGGAGCAGGCCCCGGCACCGCAAGGCGAGGACAACAAUGGACUUGGCCUGCCGGUCCCCGAGCCGCUCAAACAAACUGGGAAGUUAAGCGACAGCACCGCCUUUGGUGCGACUGGGGAAUGUGUCGGUUUUCUUGGGCAUGACGAUCUGCUUCCCAAUGGCCUUGCUGUCACACCAGAACACAUUGAUGAGGAAGAUGACAGAUCUUCACAUGCAAGCUCCAGUGACUGGACUCCUCAACCGCAAAUAAGUUCCUACAGUUACAUCCAGCAACACAUCAGAGAGACGGACCCGAGGGCUAUAUUGAGGGAUUUGCUUCCUGAGACCAUACUUCCUCCAGAUUUAGAUGACAUGACAUUAUGGCAGAUAAUCAUCAACAUCUCAGAACCUCCAAAAAGAAGAAAACGAAAGGAUAUCAACAGCUUUGAAGAUGUGGUCAAGCUGCUUCAUGAAAGCAAAAGGAUUCUUGUGCUGACUGGAGCUGGUGUUUCAGUUUCAUGUGGGAUACCAGACUUUCGCUCCAGAGAUGGAAUUUAUGCGCGACUCGCUGUGGAUUUUCCUGACCUUCCAGAUCCUCAGUCCAUGUUUGACAUUGAAUACUUCAGGAGAGACCCCAGACCCUUUUUCAAGUUUGCAAAGGAGAUCUUCCCCGGUCAGUUUCAGCCUUCACCAUGUCACAGAUUUAUAUCUAUGCUGGAUAAACAAGGGAAGCUGCUGCGCAAUUACACACAAAACAUUGACACAUUGGAGCAAGUGGCUGGAGUUCAACGGAUCAUCCAAUGCCAUGGGUCAUUUGCAACUGCAUCCUGUCUUGUCUGUAAACACAAAGUGGAUUGUGAGGCAAUAAGGGCUGACAUCCUAAAUCAGGUUGUCCCUCGUUGUCCACGGUGUCCGGAUAUUCCUCUGGCCAUCAUGAAACCUGACAUCGUCUUUUUUGGAGAAAAUCUGCCAGAAUUGUUCCACAGAGCCAUGAAACAGGACAAAGAUGAGGUGGACCUUCUGAUUGUCAUCGGCUCGUCUCUGAAAGUCCGACCAGUUGCUCUCAUCCCAAACUCCAUUCCUCAUGAAGUGCCUCAGGUUCUGAUCAACAGGGAGCCGCUGCCUCAUCUAAACUUUGACGUGGAGCUGCUGGGGGACUGCGAUGGCAUUAUCAACGAGCUCUGUCAUCGCUUGGGAGGAGACUUUGAACAGCUCUGCUACAACACUCUAAGACUCACUGAAAUCACAGAGAAACCUCCACGGCUACCGGAACAGCCAACAACUGACGGCGUGUCCGCGUCCAGUGAUGCCCAUCAGCAGGAGCUCGGGGUGCCCCAAACGGAUCCACUGAGCAAGCCUUCAGAGGAGCCUGGGAGUGUGAAUGUCACAGAAAUGGCCAAUAGCGACUUAACACCUGCAGAGCCUUGUUCAAAUGCUCAGAGUCAAAGCGCUGAUGCUGCAGAGUCUCCAGAGCUGCCGAAAGAGGACUUGGCCGACGUGAAGAGCCAAACAUCCAAGCUGGAAAAUCAAAAGCGAUACUGGAUGAGUCGAGUCAGCAGGAGUCCAAUAAGCAAACGGCUGGACGGGGGUCAGUUCCUGUUCCAAGCACCGAAUCGAUACAUCUUCCACGGGGCCGAGGUGUACUCCGACUCCGACGACGAGACGUCAAGCUCCUGCGGGAGUGACAGCGAUGGGUCUGAGUGCAGUCACGAAGGCGUGGAAGAGUGCAGCGACCCGGAGGAGGCCGCCAGGCUGCCGAGUGAAGAGACAUGCCACAGAGACGCGUUGGUGCUAAAUUCAGCCGACCAGGCCGCGUCGAGCGCUCAGACAGACAGUACUUUGGAGAAGACUGACAGGACCGCACCUCUUUAGGUGUACAACAUCUCCAUUUCACAAAGCACUAACUGUCUUUUUUUAUAUAUAUAUAUUAAGACGUAUAAAUAUGUUCCUAUAUUUUUGGCUUGUCAUACUGUAAUUUUUCAUAAAGCUGAAAUGACAUCACACACUUGUGCGUAAACAUAGCAGGUCUUCUUGUUUGUUUGACCACGUUGGUCUGGAUUACCUACUGCAGUACAGAAAUGUUUAGAAACUCUCCAUGUUCCUUUUUUUUUGUUGGUUUUUUUCAUCCAUUGUUAACUUUUUGUUUUCUAAGUCGACCCAUUGUCCUUGGCACUGUGUUAAACUUUAGAUCCUGAUUAUGGCAUCAGAGCCUGAUGUCAUCUGCGGUCUAGCGUGUUUCUGUUUAGGAAUGGUGUACAUAGUUAGAAGCCUGCUGCCUGUGUUUCUUAGAGGCUUCUGACCAGUUUGGGCACAUUUGUUUUUCAUUGCUUUCUUUGUUAACCAGCAUGCAAUAUAAAGUUCAGUUCUCCGCUUUCCUGGAGUAAAUACAUAAAAGGAACGUCUCUAUUUGAUUUUUAGACCAAAGAAGAAAUUACCAGCACACUCAUCUGUGUUUUUGUACGUCUGAUCUGUCCUUUAAAUCUUCGAGGGGGUAACGUAACUUUAACGAGGUGUUCCUCAUGACAUCUGGCAGCUACUUUUAUGGUCAAGCCUCUUAUUUUUGUAUUUGGGUGUGAGACAUACUCAUUAAAGGGUAAACGGUAGUUUUUCCAUUUGUAUAAAGUUAUACUAUAGACUUUAUAUGGAAGCGAGGUUUGGCUAUAUUGAGCUGUAACCUGUAGAAAUGUACUCUAAUUG